CCCUCGUAGGUAUAAAAUGGGAAAGGAUACCAUAGAAGAACAAGGAAUUGCCAAUGUCAGAAGAUCAUUUACUUGGAACUCAAGGUUAUUAAAAUGCAUGGGAAUUUGGCCAUUGCAGAACUAUGUUCCGGUAUUUCUCUUCUUCUUCACAUAUCUUUCUCUACAUUGUUCGCUAACACUCGCAGAAUUAUUAUGGGCUCCAAAAACUAUGGAUAAUGUCGUAGCAAACAUAGCAGAAAAUAUUAUCCUAACAAUGACACUUACGAAAAUUACAAUCGCCAGAAUGAACAGAGAAGCACUGCGUAAAUUAUUCAUAGAACUCGAGGAGUAUUCACUGACUGAGAAAUAUGAAACUAAAGAGGAGAAACUGACAUUUGUGAAUUAUACUAAAUUACCUCCAUAUUUUAUUAUAAUAAUUGCAUGUUCAAUGACAUUGGCGGAAUCAAUGUAUUAUUUGACACGAGUUAUUGAAGGAAUUCAAUUCGCAGCGCUAAACAAUUCGAUGGGUUAUAAGUUGCCGUACAGAACAUUAGCAAUCAUGGAAUUAAGGGACAGCAGAAUUUACACUAUGAUUUGUGCCUACCAAGCAAUAUUUGUACCAUCUAUCGUAUUAGGAUACGUAGGAUUCGACUGCAUGUUCGUCAAUUUGUCCAUUCAAGUAAUUACACAAUUCUCCAUAUUGUCUUACAAGGUGAAAGCAGUAUUAAAUAAUUCUAAAAAUCAUCGCGAUGGUAUGAAGAGACUUGUACUACGACAUUAUCGACUGAUAAGAUUGACGGAAAUAUUGGAGGAUAACUUUAAUUUACCGAUUAUGCAGCAAAUGUUGGGUACCACAAUUCAUAUCUGUAUUUCCGGUUACUUCGUACUGACGGGAAAGGAUACGAACGACAAUAUAAAAUCAUUUCUGUUCGUUGUAUACGUCUUUGCCGUGGUAUGCACUCUUUUUAUUUACUGUUUCAUCGGCGAGUGUUUUAUUCAAGAAAGUUAUAAUUUUGGUGAUGCCAUUUAUAAUUACGACUGGUAUAACUUACCGGUAACAGAAUCGAAAUUUUUUCUUAUUUGUAUGACACGUACGAAGAAGCCGCUAUUUUUAACAUCCGGCAAAUUUGCGAUCUUGUCCUUGUCCAUUUUCACAAACAUCAUCAAAACUUCAAUGGGAUAUUUAUCGGUACUGCGAACAUUUUUGUGAACAAAACUGAUAUGAGAUGUAUUACGUACUAAGAAAAAUCUUCAUUUUUCUUAAGUCAUAUUCUCUCGUAGGAAGACAAAUUAUUUGUGUAUACAUCGUUGACUUGUAUCAGCGUUAAUUAUUAGUGUCAAAGAAAAUAUUAAUACAAUUUUAAGACUGUCGAUCAAAACACUUAGUUUAUUUCUUUAUCAACAAAAUUUGUAUUUAAAACACCAGUUGUCUCAUAUUUUAAAAUAUAUGGCCAAUUAUUUCUGAUUCUAUUGCUUUCCAUACAUAUAUGGGAGAAAGUAAUAAUAUUA